AUGGAUGUCGACGCCGAAAAGAAUGUGCACGCUUCCGCGUCUCCACCCACCUCGCAUGGCGGAGAGCACGUGUAUGUGGCGGAGGAUAAGCUGCGGCGAUCACUCUCACCUCGACAGGUCCAAAUGAUAGCCAUCGGAGGUACCAUCGGAACAGGUCUAUUCUUGGGAACUGGAAAGGCAUUGGCCACCGGUGGUCCGGCUUCACUAUUACUAUGUUACGCCAUCGUGGGAGGGAUCGUCUUCGUCACGAUGUUAUGCUUGGGUGAAAUGGCUGCUUUCGUUCCGGUGGCUGGAUCAUUUUGCACUUUUUCGGCACGUUACGUGGAUGACGCAUGGGGCUUCGCAUUGACGUGGAAUUACUGGUUCAACGAUGCCGUGUCUACCGCCGCUGAUCUAGUUGCUCUGCAGCUAGUUUUGCAAUAUUGGACGGAUACUUUCCCGUGGUACGCUCUCGGACUUAUUGUAUGGUUCUUGCUCAUCUUGGCGAACAUCAUCAAUGUGAAGGCGUAUGGCGAGGUUGAGUAUUGGCUAUGCCUACUCAAGGUUAUUACUAUUGUGGUUUUCGUUAUCCUGAGCAUUGCGGUAAAUGUAGGUGGAAACACGUCACACGAAUAUAUCGGCGCGCGAAACUGGUACCUCCCCGAUGCACCGUUUGUAGGCGGUAUUGGUGGAUUUGCCAGCGUGUUUGUGACGGCAUCUUUUGCGUACGGUGGUACCGAGUCGAUCGCCAUCACAGCCGGUGAAACCAAGGAUCCGGCACGUCAACUACCGCGAGUCGUCAAGAAUGUCUUCUGGCGAAUUAUGUUCUUCUACAUCCUGUCAUCCCUUAUGAUCGGCUUGAACGUACCUUACAACUACCCGGGUCUGAACUCGAAGGACACGCAUACUUCUCCAUUCACCAUCGCCUUCCAGUUAGCUGGGUCUAAAGUCGCGGGUUCUUUCGUCAACGCCGUAAUCUUGACCAGUGUUCUAUCGGCAGGAAAUCACGCUCUUUUUGCUGGUUCCCGUCUAUUAUAUACCUUGUCCAUCAAUGGCCACGCACCAAAAGUCUUCGGACGCCUUACGCGAUUCCAGGUUCCCUGGGUUUCCGUUCUUUUCACAUCCUUCAUCUCGGGUCUACUCUUCGGCGCUUCUUUUAUCGGCGCUGGUCAGCUCUGGACAUGGUUACAGAACCUUGUCGGUGUUUCCAACCAACUGUCGUGGAUCAGUAUUGGUAUCGCGUCGUUACGUUUCCGUGCUGGCCUAAAAGCCCAGGGAAAAGAACAUCUGUUACCUUUUAAAAACUGGACCUAUCCUGUAGGGCCGAUUCUCGCCAUUAUCCUAAACAUCUUCAUCGUCCUCAUUCAAGGAUGGAGUUGUUUCAGCCCGAAAUUUAGUGCUGUCGACUUUGUCAGUUACUAUAUCGAACUUCCCUUGUUCGGGGUUAUGUUUCUGGGUUGGAAGUUAAUUAAGAGGACGAAAUUCAAGAGAGCGAGUGAGAUGGAUUUAGUCACUGAUGUAUAUACGAAGGACGACAUUGAACCUGAGGAAAAAGGAUGGUCGUCAAGGGCGAAGAGAAUCGGGGGUUGGUUUUGUUUCUAA